AUGACCUCUUACUAUGCUCUUCGAGACAUGAAUGAUAAUGACUGGUACUGGAAUGCGGCUGAAGGAAAUAAAGAUCCGCUGCCGCUUUAUGGAUGGAUAAUAGGAAGUAUAUCAAUAACAGUAAGGCUGUUGAACAUUUGGGGUCGUUUCAAAUUAGGAUUAUACAGCGCAAUUGACAAGUUUAACAGGCAUGCGGAUGACUUCGAAGAGAAUGGUGAACAAUCUUCGGCUUAUCAAACCAUUUCAUAUGAUACAACGGAUGAACUGAAUAUUUUAUGCAGACUCCAUGACGAAAAGCUGAAUUUUCUAAAACUCAUUCUCGCCAUUCUUCCUGAAGAAGUCGUAGGACCAGAUUUGGUAGGGAAACUAGUGCCAUUCGCUGCAGCAUCCGAACAAAUUCAAAAAGUGACCUUAAAAAGCCGCGACGAAAAAGAAUAUAAAGUCGAUGUAGCGGUCGCAAGUCGGUCCAUUUUGCUAAAGAAUAUGAUUGAAGGUUUAUUUGUCGUUUCUGAUGUUGGCGAGUCAGACCAAGCAAUUCCUCUUCCAAAUGUUGACGAAAAAGUUUUAAAAAAGGUACUUGAAUGGUGUGAGCAUCAUAUCAACGACCCAUUACCAACUGGCGAUGAAGAAUCCCAACGUCGACAUAAUAACGCUGAAAUCGACGACUGGGACCAGAAAUUCUUAAAUGUCGAGCAAGAUCUCUUGUUUGAAAUUAUCUUGGCUGCUAAUUAUUUGGACAUCAAGCCAUUACUUGACGUUGGCUGCAAAACAGUCGCAAACAUGAUCAAAGGCAAAACGCCCGAUGAGAUUCGUAAAAUGUUUAAUAUUCAAAACGAUUUUACUAAAGAAGAGGAGGAACAGAUUCGUAAGGAGAAUGAGUGGGCCGAGGAUCGAUAA